AAACAAAUAGCGUGACAAUCGUCUACCUAAAGGACUCAAACAAAAAAUGAUCUGAACAAAUGAAGAUUGUAGAUUACAUAAAAAUUGUUAACCACUGGAAUGCCCUAAAAAUCGACCAAUAGGAGUAGACAUAAAUAUCGCGCGCAAUUUUCGACUGACAUCUGCUAAUAACUUUACUUCGGGUGGAAUAACUAUGGAAAAGCAGAUAUUCAAUCUAAAAUUCGCUGCAAAACAAAUGCAGAAUUGUGCUAAUCGUUGCAACAGGGAAGAAGCGGAGUCUAAGCUCAAAUUGAAAAAUGCCAUCAAGAAAGGCGACCAUGAAGGUGCCAGGAUCCAUGCAGAAAACGCUGUUAGACACAAACACACUGCAACAACCUAUCUUAAACUUGCUGCUAGAAUUGAUGCUGUAGUUUCAAGAGUUCAAGCAGCUAUUACUACUAAGAAUUUCACUAGAGGCAUUAUGACAGUAGUUAAUUGUAUGGAAAGUGCAGCUAAAUCAAUGGAUAUGGAAAAAGUUAGCAGUCUUAUGGAUAAAUUUGAAAGAGAAUUUGACAAUAUGGACAUACAAUCAAAGUUGGUAAGCUCUUCGCUAGCCAAUACAAUGUCUAUUUCAACUCCUGAAAAUGAAGUCCAAGGUCUAAUAAAUCAAAUAGCUGAUGAAACUGGCAUAGAAUUAAACUAUGAACUUCCUGGUUCAACAAAUGGCCCUGUUUCAGUGGCUCCUAUAUCAGCAGAAGAAGAAGAUGGUCUUACUCAACGUUUAGCUAGACUUAGACAAUCAUGAAUUUUGUUUUUUUUUUCAUUUUAUUUCACUUUAUUUGCUUACCUCGUAUUUAAUUUUCCAAAAUGACUUAUAUAUUUACAUUUAUAACCUACCUAGAUGGACGUAAUUUGUAUUUAAUGAACACUGUAAAUCAAAUCAAGAUUGUUUUUUUUGUGAAAUAUUUCUUUUGAUUUUUUUAAGAAAUUAGAUUUUCUCUUUUUCUAGCUAUACAAUUUCAUUUUUUUUAUCUCAACCAGAUUUAACUAUAUAUGUGGUAAGUUUAGUUCGUAAACAGAGAAAAAUCUAUUUACACAUGGUUAUUCACUGUACGAAUUAGAUAGUUCAGGCAUUUAUUGCGUUGUUUUUUUUUUUAAUCAACUCAG